AUGGAAUCGGCCGCCGAGUUUGUUGGGUCGGGAUCGGACGUUGUCGGUGAGAAGAGGGCGGCGGCGGAGGAGGAUGUGGACGUGUUGAAGGAGGAGGGCUCGCCGCCCAAGAGAGUUAGGGGAGGGGUUGACCGGAGUCUGGUCGGGGAUGUGAAGAAGGUGGCUGAGAUGGUCCUCGUGCUGGCGGCGAUGGGAAAAAUGAGGGGCGGGAAGGGGCCCACUGACGUGGAGAAGGAAUUGAUGGUGGAGGCGCGAGGUAGGUUGGCCAGGGUUUGCGAGGGUUUUCCGCCCAAGGACGUGUUCCCCAGGGAUGCUUUUGGGGGUGUGAUUGAGGAUUUGGGGCUCAAUAAACUGAAGGAGCAAAGGCUAGGGUUUCGGCCUCCUAAAAUGUCCAUUGCGGAGAAGCUAUUGGUUUCCAAAACAAAGAUGGAAAAACAAGCAGAAGAUUAUUCUUUGUCAUCUACUCGCCUGCAACCGAACCCUGGCGCGGCUGUUGAAAGUCGUAGUGCAUCACAUUAUGUUCGGAUGUCUCAGCCAGAUAAACCAACUCACAUGUCAAUAAAUCCUAUAACAUCCCAAUCUGCGUCACCUUUAGGCCAUAGCAGUACAAUCAAUUCUUCAUCUUUGCCGUAUCAGCUUCCAACUAGUGAGAUAAGACCAAUAGGUUCCAGUUCGUUGUCCUCUAGCCAUUAUUUGGGUUCUGCAGCGUUGCCAAGAGUUGACCGGCCACAUCUUAAAUCAGAUCUUAGAGCAAAUGGAUCUUCACACCCUAUACAUCUUCAAGCAAAUUACUCUAACUCAACCGCGAUAACUCCAACUUGGUCAGUGCAACAGCAGUCAGCAUUGCCAUCAAAAAGUGUGCCAGAUAACAAGAUGCCUGUGGGUAUGUCCCCCAAAGUUGAGGGAGCUGGUACUGUAAAAUCUGGAAUGACACCUCAGAUGAUGUCAAGGACAGCUGCUCAGACAAUAGGAACACCUUCACAAGGCACUACUAACCACGCUCAGCCAUUUCUUGCAGGAAAUACACAUGCUGAAAUUGGUAAAAUUGUCCAGAAAUUAUUACAACCACGAAUUUCUGAGCGACCUACUUGGAAUCCACCUUCUAGAGACUAUAUGAAUAAGGCUUUGACUUGUCAAGUUUGCUUGUCUAUGGUAACCGAGAUAGAAAGUAUACUCAUUUGUGAUGCUUGCGAAAAAGGUUAUCACUUGAAAUGCCUCCAGAUGUCUAAUCCGAAGGGAGUACCAAGAGGGGAAUGGCAUUGUGGAAGGUGCCUGUCUUUAAGCAAUGGCAAGCCUUUGCCUCCUAAAUAUGGCCGUGUCAUGAGAAACGCCAAUACAGCAAAAGUGUCCUCUAAUAAAGUGGCUGUUCCAUCGACUUCAAUUAAGCAAGUUGGUUCUUCAGAUGAGAAUGUUGGCCAGCCGAAAGUAAUAGGCAAUGAGAACAAUGAGAAGGAACAUGUUCCUAAAGUUUUAAGCGAUAAUCAUGACAAUCUGACAUCUGGGUCGGAGAGCAAAGGCAGUACGGGAAUCCAGGAAAUUGAUAAUGUUUCGACUAGGCUUAACAUGGACGAUAAAGGAUCUUCUAGAACUCACCCAAAUUUGAUAGAAAAUUCUAGUUCAGCUACUGCUUCAUCUGUCGACUCAUUUGUUGAGAAAACAAGUGUUGAGAAGGUGGACAAUCCAGAUUCGUCUUCGGAUUUAGUUAUGGUCUCGAAUCCCUCUGAUAAGUCACAGGCAGUCAUCAAUGCUGCUAAGGAAAGUCCAUCAAAUCAGUCUCUGGAAAAUCAGUUGGCUGAUUCAAAAGAAUGUCAUGUUAAAGAAAGUCCUCCAGAUCAGUAUAUGGAAAAUCAGUCGGCUGAUUCAAAAGAAUGUCAUGUUAAAGAAAGUCCAUCAAAUCAGUCUCUGGAAAAUCAGUUGGCGGAUUCAAAAGAAUGUCAUGGUAAUGAGUCUUCAGACAAUGCUAAACAGCUGAAGGAGCAAGAAGUUGUACGCGAUAAUUCUUCAGAAGUUGCUACAACUGCUGGUGCAAUGACCCAAGGUGGGUCUUCAUCCGUCGGUUUGCAUGUUGCCAACUGGAUUGGUGAACCAAUUCAAGUUUUGGAUGAAAAAGUCUAUUACUCGUCUUGCUCCAUCAAGGGACAUGUGUAUAAAGCUGAGGAUCACGUUCUUAUUCAAUUUGACAAUGGCAAGCUUAUACCUUCAAAGCUACAGGAAAUGUGGGAAGAUAAAAAUACUUCUGAGAAAUGGGUCACUGUAAACCAGUGCUACUUUCCUAGUGAUUUGCCUGAAGCUGUUGGCCGUCCCUGCGGCCUGGAAAGCAGUGAGGUGUACGAGUCUACUUGUGGUAGAGCAUUUUUGGCUGGCUUAAUAGAAAGCCCUUGUAAAGUCCUUCCUCCAAGAGGAUAUGCUGAAGAAAGUGAAAGGAGAACUCGAUUAGGGAAUCAGCUGAACGAUCAUAAUCUUCCUCCACUUUAUGUGUGCAAGUGGAUUUACGACGAAGCGAAAGGGCUAUUCCGGGAUAUUUCGUGCUAA